AUACGCUGUGACGUCGCGCGCUUCCGCGUUCUUCGCAUAGCAACAGAGCGCGGAGGGAGCGGAGAUGGCGGCCGGUGGCUGUCCGACUUAACAACAGCGGCGCGGAGAGAGAGCGCGAGACCCUGCCGGGGCAGGAGCGGCUGUACCCGGCGGCCACACCGCGGACAUGGCCUCCACCGGCGGCCGGAUCGGUCAGCAGGCCCUGGCGGUGCUGGAGGUGGCGCUGCGGGUGCCGUGUAUCUUUAUUAUCGACGCCAUUUUUAACUCUUACCACGACCCGGGAGCGGGCUGGGCCGGGACCGCGGGCCGUGUUCUAGGCCGAGUGCUGGGUAUUGUGGUGUGCAGUGUAGUGCUGGUGCUGUCCCAGAAGUCCCUGUUUAAGUUCUACACGCUGUUCUGUGCCGUGAUGCUGGGAGCCGUCGCAGUGUUAAUAAACUACUACGCUACGUCUCAUAUAGACUUCUACAGCGCCUACUACAAGGCGGCGCUGGGCUUUCGGGUACUGCCCCGUAACGGCCCCACGCUGUGGCUGGGCAUGGCGGUGCUGCAGCUGCUGUUCGGCGCUGGGUAUGUGGUGCUGUUGAACGUGCACUCCUUGUGCGCCGCGCUGGUGGUGCUGGACAUCCUGCUGCCUCUUUCUGGACUGGUCAUGGAGCUGCCCCUGGAUGUGCGGCAGCUGGUGGCCGUGGCCUCGGGCCUGAUGCUGGCCCUCAACACGGCCGUGUGCCUCCUGCUCCGCCUCAAGUGGUUCUACUACUCCUGCCGCUACGUGUACCUGUUGGUCCGACACAUGUACCGCAUCUACGGACUGCAGCUGCUGCUGGAGGACACCUGGAAGAGGAUCCGCUUCCCGGACGUGCUGAGGGUCUUCUGGCUGACCCGUAUGACUGCGCAGGCCGUGGUGCUGGUGUACAUGGUGAAGGCGGCUCGGCUGGCGAGUGGUGGCGAGCAGCCCUACCUGACGUGGGACGUCUUCUGGGACCUGUGCAGCAAUCUGAUCAUCAGCGGAUGUGACUCCACACUGACCGUGCUGGGCAUGAGCGCAGUCAUCUCCUCCAUCGCCCACUACCUGGGACUGAGCAUCUUGGCCUUCAUUGGCUCCACCGAGGAGGAGGACAAGCGACUGGGCUUUGUGGCGCCCGUGCUCUUCUUCAUCCUGGCACUGCAGACUGGCCUGAGCGGCCUGGACCCUGAUGAACGAUUGGUCCGCCUCAGCAGGAACAUGUGCCUCUUGCUCACGGCCGUGCUGCACUUCAUCCACGGCAUGACGGACCCUGUGCUGAUGUCGCUAAGCGCCUCGCACGUCCCCUCGGCCCGCCGCCACCUGCCUGUGCUGCUGGUGUCGCUGGGGCUUCUGGCGCUGCCUGUGCUGCUCAGCCGCCUGCUGUGGCGACACUACGCCCUCAACACCUGGCUAUUCGCCGUCACCGCCUUCUGCGUGGAGCUGUGCCUGAAGGUUUUGGUCUCGCUGACUGUCUACGGUCUGUUCAUGAUUGACGGCUACUACAACGUUCUCUGGGAAAAGCUGGAUGACUACGUCUACUACGUGCGCUCAACGGGUAACGUCAUCGAGUUCGUUUUCGGCGUGGUCAUGUUCGGAAACGGUGCCUACACCAUGAUGUUCGAGUCGGGCAGCAAGAUACGCGCCUGCAUGAUGUGCCUCCAUGCUUACUUCAACAUAUACCUGCAGGCCAAGAACGGCUGGAAGACCUUCAUCAACCGCCGCACAGCCGUGAAGAAGAUCAACUCUCUACCGGAGGUGAAGGGCAGCGAGCUGCGGGACGUGGAGGACGUGUGCGCCAUCUGCUACCAGGAGUUCAUCGCCUCGGCCCGCAUCACGCCCUGCCGGCACUACUUCCACGCCCUCUGCCUGCGCAAGUGGCUCUACAUCCAGGACACCUGCCCCAUGUGCCACCAGAAAGUGUACGUGGAGGACGACAGCCGAGACCGCGCACCCUUCUCCAACAACAAUGGCUACGCUCCGGCCGGGGAGGAGCGGGGGGAGGAGUUCGAUGGUGGAGGCGGGGCUGAGGGAGGGCCGGGAGGAGGAGCAGAAGGAGGAGGAGCAGCAGCAGAAAGGGCGGAGCCUGAUAACGAGCUGCAGGAGGACAAUGACAGUAUAGAGUACGACGAGGAGGAGUGGCGGGGCACUCAAAGCGGCGCGAGCCCUGUAGAGGAGGACUAUAUAAAUGAUGAUACGGACUCGAACACAGACUGAAGGAAAUGGAUAUUUUUAGUUUUAAAUAUGAAAAAACAAGCAUCUUAAUUUUUGAGAUCAGGGAAAUUUCUGUUUUUUUUUUUUUCUUCCUGCGCUUUAGGAUUUUUAUUUUUUUUUUGUAUGUCUGUGUCUCUUAAAGGGCUGAUUGGAGUUUAAAGUAUGAGUGAGUGCCUAAGCAAGGGCUCGGAGCUCAGAGACACACACAGGUAUUCUUCGGGUGUGUUAAGAAACAGCAUCGGCGGGGCGUUCGCUGCUUUACUUGAGAGAAAAUUGGUCGCCUCUUGUGCCGCUGCCAACGCCCUGCUUACUGUCGGAGAGGUUUAAGGUGUCGUGCUACUGUAACCACACAGAUAUACCUCUCUUUACGGCUACUACUGGUCUCUUGUGUGACCUUGCUUCAAAUUUGUGUACAUUGUUGUACAUGUAAUAAACGAAUGACGUGCUUUCCCUUAGGAAAAAAAGAGAAACGUGCGUCAGACUGUGUUCUCAGAGGCUGAGAGGAUCUCUCGACUGCGCCAUGUCUCUCAACGCCAGACCAUAUCUGUGUUAAUCUCCACGUUUCUGUCGGACGGCUCGGUUGCUUUUGGUGUUUAAAACAAACUUAGCUCUUGAAAUUUUUGACAUUGUUUUCCUCACUCCGGUUCUUAUUCUGUACUACGAUUACUACAGUUAACUACAUCCUCUGGUUUAGGGUUCUCGAUAAUGCGAUAAUGUUCUCCAGGAGCAAUAAAGCCACUCAGUAAUGAUGAUAAAGAUGAUGAUGAUGAUG